UGAAGUCCAGAAGUGAAGCUCGCGAUCAAAAUAAAGCGUUAGUCACGAAAUCAAACGCUAAAUAUGCCAUAGCCCCACAAAAAAAACUGAAUGAGAAGAGCGCUUUAAAAUACAUUGAGUUUAUCUGCUAUGUUUUUGCUCCUCGGCGGUCUUUAAAUUGAGGAUGCACGUCGGGCCCAUUUCGUUAAAACAUUUGUUUUGAAAGAUAGCGUGGGAAGUACAUCGUAUAAGUACACACUGAUUCAUUCCCACCCCCCUUAAAAAGUACGACUUUCUAAAUAUUUUUGUCCACCAACGACACUUGGAGAGAUGUGGCUGCUUCUGCUGCUCGCUGCCCUCUUGGCUCUCUUCUGCAGCCUGGACGUGUGGUACUUCAUUCGGGCGGCCGCUGUGUUCGUCCGUGCCUGGCUGCAGCCUCCCGUGCGUGACGUGACGGCCGAGCAGGUCAUGACUGGCCGUGUGGCCCCGCGUGACAUCGACAUGUGUCACAUGAACAACGCACGCUACUUACGCGAGUGCGAUUUCGCCCGCUUCUCGCUGUACAUGCGCAACGGUGUCUUCAAGGCACUACGGGCCCUCAAGGCCUCCAUGGUGGUGGGGGCGACCACCAUCCGCUACCGCCGGCCACUUUGCAUCGGGGAGUCGUACGAGCUGCGCAGUCGGGUAGUGACGUGGGACGACAAAGCUUUCUUCCUGGAGCAGAGGUUCGUGUCAAGCAAGGACGGUGUGGUGUGCGCCAUCAUGUACUGCAAGCAGACUGUCCUACGCAGCAGUCCAGACAAAAUCAUGCAGUAUCUCUGCAAGCGGAAGGUGGAAUGUCCCGAAUUCCCUGAGGACCUGCAGCACUGGAUCAAUUUCAUCUCAGCCAGCAGCCAGAACCUCAGAGCAGAGAGUGGCCUCCAAGAGAAAAACAAAUAAGCAUGGACAUUCACAUUUUUUCAGUGGACCCCAGCGAUUCACAGGUGAUACAGACCAGGUCCUGCCGUGAAUGCCAAAAAUCUGCGACGUCCACGCGUCCACUCACAGUUUACAAAGACGCUAUGACUAAGUCAUUGAACUUGGAAUCUACAAAACGAUAAAUGUAGGGAAACACGGGCAAAUUGGAUUGGCAAGUGGACUAAAUGGCCGAUUGGUAUCUGCAAAGGAAGAGAAGCAGAAGCAUACUUUUUCUUUCACUUUUGACGACGCACAACGUGCAUUCAAAGAUGUGCAAAAAGAAAUCCUGGAAUUAAUUAAACCAAACCUCAACAUCAAAGUAAUAAUUCUAUUACUCAGGCCUGAGUAAAAAAACACAAUGUUCAUUAUUUUUGUCAUGAGGAUCAUUUAUGAAUCAGGGAAAUAAAGUUGUGCCUUUUUUGGGGGGUGGGGGGCAUGUUAGUCCUCUUAUUAUAACAAUCCAGAAAAUGAAUUGCAACAUGCCAGAUUAACCACACGGGGACACAGUAGCUGUUACUUCCGUUGUCACGUUAAAACCAACAAAGACACGUAAGUCACGAAAACUUAAAUCUUACUAAAUGAUAGAUGAUCAGCCAUUAAUUAAAUAAGAUUGUCGUCAGUUAUGAAAUUUAUUUUACAUGAAAAUGCAGAUGAUUGUUUGGGUCCAAAAAUAUACUAUGUGAUUGUGAAUGUGUUCAGACAACUAUGAGAAUGCAAGUCGAGAUGCAAACUACAAAGUGACUAAUGUAGCAUAUACGUUGUAACUGAGCAAAAUUGUAUCAUAACUUCCUUAACCCAACUCAUGAAUUGACUCGGACAAAAAUAAUUUAUUUUUUUUUAAUUAUUUUAAAAUUAGCUAGGUGAGUAUGUUUAUGAAAGUACCUUUAAAAUAUGCGGCGGCCGAGACCGAUGACAUCGCUGAUUACCCUUUUAAGGAGAUGGUCGGAGCGUCACAUGCGAGGAAGUGACAAACUACUUUUGUCUAUGAGGGGUGUCGGUACACUAGCAUGACAUAAUCUUGCAAAGCCGCCAACUCCUCAGUAAGGAAAGGUAAUUGCCGUCCUAAAAAAAACGCUAGUAAAAGAGAUUACUUAAUCUGAUUGGUAUUUCCAUACCUGUUCAGAACUGCCUACAACACAUCAUUCUUCCAUUUACUACAUGUUUUUGUGAUUUUAUGUCCUGUUUUUAUACAAUACUUCUAUCUAUUUUUAUUGUAUUUACUUAUUGUCUGUACAGUGUCCUUGGGUGGCAUGAAAUGUGCUUUUAAAUAAAAUGUAUUAUUAUUAA